AUGUCUUUUCCAGAUGUGGGGGAGGACACAGCGUUGUAUUUGGAUGAGGAGGUAGGCCAUCUGCGGAGCCCUGAGUUUGGCGUGGCUUCACACCAUCGAUCGAGCAGAUCGGGCAGCAAUCUGCCGAAAUGGCAGCAACGGCAGCCGCGGAGGUUCACCAGUCAGUCAAUUCUUUCGUCGCAUCGCUACGUAUCACCUUAUCAAAGCCCUGAAACGGCGAGCAGCUGGCCAGAGACAAGCGACUCGACGUCGGUACUGUAUUCCACGAGCGCUGACGCCGUAACUUUGGGGCUGAAAAAGAGUAUGCAACGUGCUAGAGCAUCGCUGGUAGAGCCUAGUAGCACACGGAUACGGUCUAUUCCAUCGCCCCGCUUUUCUGAUCCUGAUAUUGACAAUGUGGUCGUCACGGUCCGGGAGUUGCGAAACGAAAAUGAGGACCUGAAAUUGGAUUUGGCGAACGCAAGGUCCGAAAUUGAGAACCUCAGGGAAUCUUUACGUCGUGAGAAAGAGCAGCAAGCCAACAAAGUCGACCUUGCCAUGAGGCAACUUCGCAAGGGCUAUAAUGAUAAACUACGGGAGUCAUGCUCGCACUACUACAGAGAAGUAAAGAAGGGUUUCGAGGAGCAUAUCUCAAGGCUUGAGGCAAUGCUGGAGCAGGAGCGAGAGCAGAAGGAAGAGCUUCUUGAAGCCUGUGACCGCUUUUUCGACAAGCAACUAGCAGAGCUGUCAAAAUGA